AUGUCAGGUGGUAGUCCCUGCACUGCCUGUGAGCAGCUCGUACUGCUCGACAAGAAGAUAAAGGACACGUUGAAUGUCCUCCAGCAGUUCCAAGAGGCCGCCUUCGAACUCAAGUCGCAACGGAAUCGCCAACACGACCUCCUCGUCAACCGACUCCCCACCGAGCUGCUUGGGCGGCCCCUUAUACGUGAUCAAGAGAAGUGCAAACAACCCAGUUGGAAGACCAAGUCGAGCACUUGGAGAUUGUCGAGGGUCUGUCGUGCGUGGCGCGAUAUUAUCCGCUGUACACGUCAACUGUGGACAUCGAUCGUUGUCGAUGUGGACGAAGAGGACCGAGGGUAUGCUGAAUUUAUAAACGACCUGUUUCAACGGUCUGGAGCACUACCGGUCUGGGUCAAGCUUUACCAACCUAUCCGGCGUUACACUUCCUGCUCGAGAGAAGGCUUGCCGUCGCCCCACACCACACGUCUCCUCGAGAUCGUCAACACCCAUUCCGGUCGAUGGAAGAGUUCGAGGACCGAUAUUGAACCAAGGAUACUGCAAUAUGUUUGCGGAAAUCCUGCGUCCACCACCUGCUGUCUAGCACUCUUCCAUGGUGCUCAAGCAUUGACCCACCUCACUCUCGGGGAAUUUUGGCUCGAUUAUGACCUACCAUCAAAGCCCUCUAAACCGGUCGUGCACGCCGCGCUCCGCGCGUUCAAGAUUGACGAUGAGGGAAAACAUAUAGGCCGUCUUCUCGAUGUUCUCCAACUGCCAUCUCUGGAAGAAAUGCACAUAGACCAUCACAACACAGAUCCCCUUACCGAUCUCAUUACCCGCUCAGGCUGUCGUCUACAGCACCUGACAGUUAAGAUGCCCGGCGACUUCGACCGGCCCGCAGACGGCGAGAACGGGAUGAUACACCUGCUCGAGCAUACCCCCUCGUUGCUCGCGUUGGCCCUUCAGACAACAUUCGUUACUGACUUGCUGUUUCGCCGUCUAGGACCACCCACUCGCGAGGCUAGUCCCACUUCCGCAGAUUCCAACAAGCAAGGCCCAGCAUUCUUACCUCUCCUCCAUACCCUCGCGAUCCAUGUCUUUCUCAACUUCGACUUCGAAUGGCACUCCAUCGCUAAUAUGUUCUCCCCAUCCGCUGAUUCCCUUGGCUCUGCCCGUCAAGCGUUGAAGAACUUCGAACUCCAGAUUUAUGGUAAAGUCGGGGAUCCUCACCCGCCUCAAGGCAGUGAUCUUUUCAAAAUCGAGGAGGAUUCUGCAAAGCGACUACUGGCUGUACGAGAAAAUGGCAUCAAUGUGACGAUUCUUGAUCCGCGCAACUACGAAAUGUUGGUUGCCUCGGAUUCUAUUUCACCUUCAGCCCCUGCGAAUAGUGUUUAG